GGGGGCCGGCAGUGGCUGCUGCUGGUGCUGCCGCUGCUGCUGCUGUCGGGCCGGGCCGGGGCUCUGGUAAAGGGGCUCUACUGCGGCUCGCACAACUGCUACGACGUGCUCGGGGUGAGCCGCAAGGCAGGCAAGGCAGAGAUCGCGCGCGCCUACCGGCAGCUCGCGCGUCGCCACCACCCGGACCUCGUGCGGCGCGCAGGCGGCGAAAGCCCCGAGAGCGCGCAGGAGACCUUUCUGCUAGUGGCCACUGCCUACGAGAUCCUCAAGGAUGAAGAAACACGUAAAGAUUAUGAUUAUAUGCUGGAUCAUCCUGAAGAGUACUAUAGCCAUUAUUAUCACUACUACAGUCGACGAUUAGCUCCUAAAGUAGAUGUCAGAAUUGUCAUUAUCGUCACCGUGUGUGCUAUCUCCGUGUUUCAGUUUUUCAGCUGGUGGAGUAGCUAUAAUGAGGCCAUCAACUACCUAGCCACAGUGCCAAAGUAUCGUAUUCAAGCUACUGAAAUUGCCAAGCAGCAAGGGCUGCUUAACAAGGCCAAAGAGAAAGGCAAAAACAGACGAUCCAAGGAAGAAAUCCGUGAGGAGGAAGAAAACAUCAUCAAAAAUAUUAUAAAAAGUAAAAUAGAUAUAAAAGGAGGCUAUCAGAAACCUAAAGUGGGUGAUAUUUUGCUGUUUAAAAUUGUUUUAGCUCCUUAUCACCUGUGUGCAUACAUAGUCUGGUAUUGCCGGUGGAUUUAUCAUUUUAAUAUCAAAGGUCAAAAGUAUGGAGAAGAAGAGAGGCUAUAUCUCAUUCGUAAAUAUAUGAAAAUGUCUGAAUCUCAGUUUGACAGUCUGGAAGAUCAUCAGAAAGAAACUUUUCUUAAACGGAAACUAUGGAUAAAAGAGAACUAUGAAGUCUACAAACAGGAACAAGAGGAGGAGCUAAAGAAGAAAAUGGCAAAUGACUCCCGAUGGAAGAGAUACAGGAGAUGGAUGAAGAAUGAGGGACCUGGGAGAUUAACUUUUGUUGAUGACUAACAAUUAUUGGAAUUCUGUAUACCAAACCACAAUAAUUAUAAAAUUAUUUUUUCAUAAGUGAAUUAUUUUAGAAAAUUCAUCACUUUAUUUUCAGUAACAAUCUAAAAUUCAGGAAUCAUCUGACCGAAUGAGACAAUGUGAAGUAUAAAACAUACAUAAAACUGUAUUAAGACAUUUUAAAGAAUGGUGUUCAGUAUUUAUGUUCUACAUGCUUUAUGGGUCUAGUGCGCUGUUAAAUCUUCAUGCUGUAGUUUCUAUUAGAUAACCAUUUAAAAACUUAACUUUUUUAUGUACCUGAUUUUUCAUUCUAGAAUUUUUUCCUUGCUUUUCUCUGUUAUGUUGCUCAUUGCUUUUCUCUAUCCUCAUAUUUUGCAUAAAACAUUACUUAAAAAAAAAGAUCACAACUGCAGUUAA